AUGAGCUUAUCGGCCGUGGAGCAGCACCAGGCGCUGGCUGCACGUGACCGCAGCGAUGGCACAGGCCUAGAGACAGCCGGACCAGCUGCGGCCGUCCGGGCCUGGAAAAACUGCGACUUUUCCCGAGGACAUUUUCAAAUCUUCAUCCCAGCCGACGCAACAAUUCCCUCGAGCCACUCUCGACAGGGUUCAUCGACGGCCAUUGUCGACCCCCUCAGAUCCUCCCUCACUCCCCGAUUCCUGCCUGAAGCAGCCGCGCGACGUGCGAUUUUCACCAUGUCGUCAACAGGAGUCAACGUCCUCCGGUGGUCCGCCCUCGCCUUUGGCGUGUUCUACGGCUUUUCCCACCAGCGCACCAUCACCACCACACAGCGAGCUCAGCACGCGCAGCACGAGUACGAGCAGAAGCAGAAGCUGAUAGACCAGGCCAAGGCCGAGUACGCAAAGAAGAACAGCCCAGUCACGGCAGCAGCAAACGAUGCCGCUACCGAUGUCAACAGCCCUGAAUUUGACCUCGAGAAGUACCUGCUGAAGAUCGCCAAGGAGAGCCCUUAA